GACAAAAAUGUCAAAGGGAGGAGAGAGAGAGAGAGAGAGAGAGUGUUUGUUUGAUGAUUAAACAAUGCCUUUAGGUCGUCAUCACCUCACCACCUCUGAUAACAUUCCGACCCUAAUUAUUCCCCAAAUUCUCUCAAAUCAAUCAAGCCAAACUCUAGACUUCCAGCCCCAAUCAAACCACAAUGGACCUAACCGCACCUCUCCGCUCACAAGCCUCCCAAUCCCCGUCCCCCUCCCACUCAGCCACCUCCUCCUUCCGCAAGCGCAAGCUCCUCCCCGACGACCACGCGCCGCCGCCGCCCAUCCCCUCCUCUCUCUCCGACGCCCUCAACUCUAACGACGACCUCGACAGCGUCAGCGCCGCCGCCGCCGACUCCGAGUCCCUGUCCCUAUCCCAAUCCCAGUCCCAACAUGUCGGCGCCGACGAGGAGGAGGAGGAAGAAGAGUGCGACGGCUCGUCGAUGCGGAUGUUUACGGCCUCGCGUUUGGGGAACACUAAGGUUAAGACUGUGAAUUCGAUAAAGGUUGAGCCGACCGAGGUCGGGAAGGACGGUGAUCUGGCGCCGGCCACGGGGAAUUCUGGCCUGGGUGUCGUGGUGGUGAAGGAGGAUACGGUGAAGAAUAUAUUUACGGAGAAUAUACAGACUAGUGGUGCUUAUAGUGCAAGGGAAGAGAACUUAAAGAGAGAGGAGGAAGCUGGAAGACUCAAGUUUGCGUGUGUUUCAAAUGAUGGUAUUGAUGAGCAUAUGGUUUGGCUGAUAGGAUUGAAGAUUAUAUUUGGGAGGCAACUGCCUAACAUGCCUAAGGAGUACAUUGUUCGCCUUCUAAUGGACAGGAAUCAUAAAUCUGUAAUGGUUAUUAGACGUAAUCAUGUUGUUGGCGGCAUAACGUACCGCCCUUAUGUCAGCCAAAAGUUUGGGGAAAUUGCUUUUUGUGCAAUCACAGGCGAUGAGCAAGUAAAAGGGUAUGGCACGAGACUGAUGAAUCACUUAAAGCAGCAUGCCCGAGAUGUUGACGGGCUAACUCAUUUUCUAACUUAUGCUGACAACAAUGCCGUUGGUUAUUUUGUUAAACAGGGCUUUACGAAAGAGAUCCACUUAGAAAAAGAAAGGUGGCAGGGUUAUAUAAAAGAUUACGAUGGAGGGAUCCUUAUGGAAUGCAAAAUUGAUCUGAAGCUUCCAUACACUGAUUUGUCAACUAUGAUACGCCGUCAGAGGCAGGCCAUUGAUGAGAAGAUAAGGGAGCUAUCAAAUUGUCACAUUGUGUAUACCGGCAUUGAUUUUCAGAAGAAAGAAGCUGGUAUUCCUAAAAAAAUCAUCAACGUCGAGGAUCUUCCUGGCUUAAUGGUGGUGAAAUUGACAAUAGAGGAAGCUGGGUGGACUCCUGAUCAAUGGGGUUAUUCUCGUUUUAAUUCUGGAGACAGUGCCUCAAAUCAGAAAUUUUGGACUGCAUUCAUGCAUUCACUGCUAAAGGCAAUGAAUGACCAUCCUGAUGCUUGGCCAUUCAAAGAACCAGUUGAUGCACGUGAUGUGCCUGACUACUAUGACAUCAUUAAAGAUCCCAUGGAUUUGAAAACAAUGUCAAAGCGAGUGGAGUCGGAGCAAUAUUAUGUGACUUUUGAGAUGUUCGUUGCAGACGUGAGGAGGAUGUUUGCGAAUGCACGCACCUACAACUCUCCCGAAACCAUCUAUUAUAAAUGUGCUUCCAGGCAUGGUGCUUUGGCUCUAAGCUAGAAGCCCAUUUCUCGAGCAAAGUUCAAUCGGGUCUCCAAUCGGGUAUCAAGAACCAGCAUUGAUAUAUUACUGCAUUUAGAACUAGGGUAAUGUUUCCAUGCUCACUUAGACUUCAGCAUUUAGAAUAAGGUAAGUUUUCACUUGUGCGAUAGUCACUUGGGGCAUUGAGUUUCACUAGUCUGUUAGUUGUAAAAUUGUGAUCAUAAACCUCCUCAAGUUUUCGGCUUUUGCUAAUUGUAGUUAGGUCAUGCUUUUCAGUGGCAAUUAUUGAAAACGCAUGUUGAACACCUGUAAAUAAUUGGGUAAUGUAUGUCAUUAUUGAUGCUUGAUCCAAUGUUUAUUUGAUCUGGUCCAUGUA